CAAAUCCAGCAGCCGCCCCUGAUCCAGAAUGCUCAGCAGCAGCAGCAAAGUGAACGCGUGGGGAGAAAAACACGUCCAUGACAUCAUCCGCCUUGUUGUGAUUCCCGUUCCCACCGGGUUCGUAUCGCAGAUGCAAUCGGAGGAUUCCCACACUCAUUUUCCCCGUGUGUUUCCCGUAACGCUCUGAUGCUCGUACCUGCGCUUGUUUCACUUUAAGACUCGCGAUCUGUGGCUUUCGACAUCGCCAUUGUUGGGUUCAGCAGAGUUAUGAGGACGAUUGAGAGAUGCUUCCGGUGUAAAAGUGAUAUCUUUAUGAAAGCUGUCGCGAGCACGGGCUUUUCGCUGUGUCGAGGCUAUUGUUAGACGAGAUGAAACGGUGUCGGUUGGCGUGACACACCGGGAAUUGUUAAAGCGUAUUAUUGUGACCGUUCCUCAUACAGUACAUCGUGCCUGCAGGAGGAGAGAGGAUUCAUUUUUUGCUCAAUAUUAGUUAGAAAGCCAUUCUAGUGUGUGUUAUUUCAUGGGGAUGUGUUCAAGGCAAGAGAGGAUUCAAAAAGACGUCGACAUCGUAAUUCAAAGGUGUAAGGCAGAGAAAGACUGCCUGUUUUCUGACUUUCGAUUCUCCGACUCCACCUUCACGUUCACCUAUUCAAAAGGACCUAAAAGGGUCUCCUACUCUGUUCACGUCUCCGAUGAUUAUCCAGAUAACACAUAUGUGUCUAACUCUGAAAACGAUGAUGAAGUGUUAGUCACCAGGGAUCCAAUACCAGUGAUUUUUCACAGGAUUGCUACAGAAAUACGUAUAAAUAAUGAUGCCACUAGCUGUGUGUCUGUUAAGUCAAAACUUCAAACCAACAAAAACCCGUGCCAUUAUGCUAUAGAAGAGGAUUCAGAGGGUGACAAUGAUUCUGAGGAGUUCUACUAUGUUGGGCAGGUAAAUUAUGAUGGAGAGCUUCACAAACACCCACAACUGGAAGCCGAUUUGGCAGCCGUGAGGGACUUAUAUGGCCAUCAUGCAGUAUCUCUCAGGGAAUAUGGUGCAAUUGAUGAUGUGGACAUCGACCUUCACAUAGAUGUCAGUUUCCUAGAUGAGGAGAUUGCACUUGCCUGGGAUGUGAUCAGAAGUGUACCUGUUAUUGUGCGGCUUCACUGCUCCCUCACACAGUAUUUGAAUGGACCAGUUCCCACUGUUGAUGUGUUUCAAGUGUCUUCAAAAGACAGAUUUGGACUUGGACAUCAGUUGAAAAAGAUAAUGCAAACCUUUGUCACACAGCAGUGGAAGUGUCAGAGCAAAGAAAAACUCAUCAGCCCACACAGCAAAAAGCAAAACGAGAAGAAGGUGAAGUCUCCUCUGCACAUUUUUUCAACUCUACGCAGAUCCCCCAGCUACCCGCCUCCUGGCUGCGUGAAAAGCAAAAAGAAGCUGAAACCCGAGCAAGAUGGCGUAUCGAAAUCCCACCGUCUGUUGCGCCGUGCGUGUUCCAGCACGGUGAAGCCAGAAAUAGACGGAUGCGUCGGCAAAACACACAAGCUGCUGGGCCACUCCCUCUCCGGUGACCCACGAGUGGAGCAACAUCAGCCCCUCAAACAGCCCCACCGGCUGCUGCCGAGGCCCUGCUCAACCGCCGUAAAACCGGAGGAAUGCCCACCGCUGCGGCCUCAUAAACUUUCGCCGCGGCCGAGCAUGGCGGAGCCGCGAUGUGAGCAAGCCGCGAGCAGCAACGAUAGCGGUGCUUUGAAGCCCCACCGGCUCCUGAGUCGCUCCUGCUCGGGUAGCGUUCGAACUGAAGAGCUGGAUGGCUUAAAGCACCACCACCGUCUGCUUAGCAGGUCUUACUCCAGCAACACCAAGAUGGGCAAAGCGGACAUCUUUAAAGAACCUGUCACCGAGAGCAGACGCCUCUCCCUUACCUCAGGGCUAAUCGGCAUCCUGGCCCCAUCACUCUCUUCCACACCUCAGCCAAACAUUGGAGCCAAAUCCAUUCCAGUCAGAGACAGAGGCUUUCUUGUGCAGACUAUUGAGUAUGCAGAACAGCGUAUCCCUGUACUGAAUGAGUUCUGUGUGGUCUGUGAUGAACCUCAUGUGUUCCAAAAUGGACCAAUGCUCAGACCCACAGUUUGCGAGAGAGAGUUGUGUGUUUUCGCCUUCCAAACACUAGGGGUCAUGAAUGAGGCUGCUGAUGAGAUAGCCACUGGUGCUCAGGUAGUAGACCUACUGGUCUCCAUGUGCCGAUCUGCACUGGAGUCUCCGAGAAAAGUUGUAAUUUUUGAGCCAUAUCCCUCUGUGGUGGAUCCUAAUGACUCACAAGCACUUGCCUUCAACCCCAGGAAAAAGGACUAUGAUCGAGUGAUGAGAGCACUUGACAGUAUCACAUCUAUCAGAGAAAUGACCCAGGCUCCAUACUUGGAGAUAAAGAAGCAAAUGGACAAGCACGAUUCGCUGGCUCAUCCACUACUGCAGUGGGUGAUAUCCAGCAACAGAUCACACAUAGUGAAGCUUCCUGUUACUAGACAAUUGAAGUUCAUGCACACACUUCAUCAAUUCCUCCUGCUCAGCAGUCCACCUGCCAAAGAAUCCAACUUUCAAGCUGCCAAAGGCCUCUUCGGGAGUACCUUUGCUUUUCAUGGAUCACACAUAGAAAACUGGCACUCCAUUUUGAGAAAUGGUUUGGUUGUGGCUUCAAACACAAGGCUUCAGCUCCAUGGCGCUAUCUAUGGCAUUGGAAUCUAUCUCAGUCCAUUAUCAAGCAUAUCCUUUGGCUACUCAGGGAUGAAUAAAAAACAGCAGAAAGUUGCUUCAAAAGAUGAAACUGCUGCCAAUAAAUCCACCGUUCAUUUACAGUCACAGAAAAAAGGCCAGAACCCACAGUUUCUGCAGAGUCGCAACCUGAAAUGCAUCGCCUUAUGUGAAGUUAUUACAUCUCCUGACCUGCACAAGCAUGGUGACAUCUGGGUAGUUCCAAAUACAGAUCAUGUCUGCACACGGUUUUUCUUUGUUUAUGAGGAUGGACAGGUAGGUGACACAAGUAUAAACACACAGGACCCUGGUAUUAACAGGGAGAUCCUUCGAGUUAUCGGCAAUCAAACAGCUACUGGAUAAGAGUUUCAACACAAUACAGCUGCCUUGACCUCUUUCUCAAAGCUGGACAUUUGAGCAUAGGAGGCCAAUACCAUAUGUAUUUUUGGUAACCACACAACACACACGAAACAUAGAAAAAGAAAAUUCACAAUCUGAAAUACACUAUUUGUACUAUUCCCCUGGGAUAUAUAUGUAUAUUUACACGGGCUAUUCAAACUAUUACCAUUUUGCUAAGUUUAUAAAUAAAAGGUACAUUUUAAAAGAGCAUGGUAUGUCUCUCAGUUCAACUGAUGGACUACUUAUUUUUUGUAAAGAAUACAAAACAUGAAAACACUUUGAAAAAUAUUUUGAGACUUUACUGGAGAAAAUACAAUAAUCCUGUGCGGAUAUGCGCCAUCUGACCUUGUUUACUAAGAGUUGUACUUGUUAAAGUACAUUAAUUUGUGUACACAAAAGGUGUCUAUAUGCACUUUAUUUUUCUUAAUGUAUGAUAUUGGUUUCAAACUUCCAUAUACUCUUAAAUGCCUUUCAGAGACUGAAGUAUUUCUUGUUUGACAGUGCUGAACACAAGCAAGCAACUCCUGAUGUUGAAGACAUUGUAUUUAGAGCUGAUGACAGGUGGUUACAUCUAACAUGACCCAGCUGCUUAAAAGUAGCUGUAAGUUUACAAUUUCUAAAGGUCUCAGUUUAGAACUUGUCCAGAUGAAUCAAACCUACCACUUCAUUGAGUAUUAUUUCAUAAAAUAUCACUGUACCAUUUAGUUUUUAUUGAGGAGUGAAUAUAUAAAUUUAGAAAAAAAGAGCAAGAUAAAAAUCGAAAAACAAACAAACAAAAAAAAAGGUCAAUAUAUUUGGCAGCAACAACUAAAAAUAAGAUGCAUGCUGAUUUACUUACAUUUUUAAACAAUUUGUUUUCUUUUGGUAUGGUUAGAGAAUUUUUUAUAAAGGAAAAAGUCGGCACCCAAGUGUAAAAUAUCUUUGAGUAUUUCAAUAUAAAUCUUUUUUGUAAGGUGAUUUUAAGGCAGAAUAAGUGUUUGCUGCUUGUUGUUUAUACAUUGUAAUGUAUUAACGGAAAGGUCCAAAUGUGUGAGUACUCUGUUCAAUUUUAUAGUGAUGCUUAGAAACCUCUAUGGUUGUUCACUUUACUUUCCAAACAUAAAUUAAAUUGUUGAGUUCUCUAUAAAAAUGAAGGUACAAAGAAUUUGUAUAUAAAGGUGGCAAAUUUGCUUGCAAAUUCUCUUUAAACUGAAAAGGAAAUGCAACUUUUACAGGUCAAAAUGUAGCACCACAAACAUUUUCUCAAUUAUUCAUUUGUGGGCAGACUUAUGGGUUUUAUUAAACAAAAGGCACAUUAAAUAUGUGGUAUUGGUUAUUUUUUUGUGCAGAGAAACAUUUUGUUUUUCCUCCUUGAAAUGCUGGUAAAUCCACAAUGUUAUCUUAUUCCAACAUAAUUCACUUUAUUUAAGUGAUGAAAAUAAUAACAGCUUAACUUAACAAUAAAUUUAAAGUAAUAAAGCAUUGUCAAGUUUGUCAUUACAAUAAAGGAUGUAAAUUGAUCACAGAUUUAUCACAUUUAUUAUUCGUCUCUUUAAAAUAAAAGGUUUUAAACACAAUUUUUAUUACUUAAGUUAUACCAUUGUUUGCAAAUUAUAGAUUUAAAUAUAUUUAAAUAUCUAAACAUUGGGGUUCUAACAUGCAUAUAUGCACACUUAUAACUGUAUAUCAACAGCUUACUUGACUUUUUUUUUACUUUACCAUAAUCGUGAUAAACAAUGUUCAUAUGUGAUUUCUUUGAAUUGUUUUGUACAUUUUCCACACAAUUUGAUGAAAAAAUCAUGCUACUUAGCAUUUGGUGCCUUAUCAAUAUAGAUUUAAUGGCAAAUAUAUGACAAUACAGUCAUAUAUAAAAUACUGUACAUAGUGUAAAUAAUGCCACUAUGACACGGAGGCCAAAUAUUUUCUGUAGUAUGUUUUUACUUUUACUUUAUUUUGCCAACUGAUCAAGCUUUUUGUCUUUUUACAAGUUGUGGAACUAGCAGCUUAUGUACCCGUUUAUGUUCAUUAAAUCCAAAUUUGUCUAAUCCAUA